AAGACCCUAAUGGAUAUUUCUAAUCAGAGAGCUUCCUCUCCAGGAAGCGGCACUGAUGCAGCAUCUUUGAGUGACGCUACUAGCCGCCACGAUCUAACUAGGAAUUUAAGGAAAUGGAAACGCUGCGCCAAGACGAAGGUUGGCUUCGCUGCCCGUGAAAUUAGUUAGUUAACCCAACCACUCAACGCGUCACGCGUCUUGUCGCGUACUUCACACUUCGAACAACAGCUCAAGCGGAGAGUCCCAUGCGGUGGCCUUGAAGAUUGAUGAACCAAAGGUUUUGCCGUCGCAUUCGCAUCAUUCGAGGAUUCGGUCAAUGUCUGACGACGAGGUCCUUCCGGACGCACCCGCGAUCUCCGAGAAUGCGGAGGCGUCAGAGGCCCAAGACGGGAAUGCACACGAUCCAAACGAACGCACGGCAGCGCAAGGAACGAGUGAUGUGAAACUAGAAGAUUUAUUCAAGGACGAUGACGACGAUGAUGAGUAUCCAUUUUCCAGUGCCACAGAACCGGCCUCACAUGGCUCUCAAUCCGAAAAUGCAGAGAAUCCGGGGCCUCAGCCUGCGAAAAUUGACACGGAGACGAUGUAUGCGUUUUACCAGCGCUUGUUUCCAUUUAAAUAUUUAUUUCAAUGGUUGAAUCAUGGGAUAAAACCUUCCGUAGAUUUUGGGAAUCGAGAGUUCGCAUUCACCCUCCAAAACGACGCAUAUUUACGGUAUCAAUCAUACCCCACGGCUGAAGGUCUCCGCAAGGAUAUCCUGCGCCUCAACCCCUCGAGAUUUGAAAUUGGCCCUGUUUACAGCACAAAUCCACGCGACCGCAAAUCACUUCGCAAGUCCAGCGCAUUUAGACCGGUUUCCAAAGAAUUGGUUUUUGAUAUCGACUUGACAGAUUACGAUGAUAUUCGAACAUGCUGCGAGAAGGCAAACAUCUGUCCGAAGUGCUGGGCGUUUGUGACAAUGGCGAUUAAAGUAAUCGACAGAGCUCUACGUGACGAUUUUGGUUUCGAACAUAUACUCUGGGUCUAUUCUGGUCGCCGAGGUGCUCACGCUUGGGUAUGCGAUCAGCGAGCAAGAAACCUCACCGAUGAAAGAAGAAAGGCUAUCGCAGGAUACCUAGAGGUUGUCCGCGGUGGCGCACAGAGCGGGAAACGCGUAAAUCUGAAGCGGCCUCUCCAUCCCCAUGUUGAGCGCAGUCGAAAUAUCCUCAUUCCCUAUUUUCGCUCCACAAUUCUCAACAACCAAGAUACUUUCUCCUCCUCGGACCAAGCUGCCCGACUCCUCCAAUUCAUCCCUGACAAGUCUCUCAAAGAUGCCCUUCAGAAAAAAUGGGAGUCUGCCCCUUCGCGUGGCAGCUCGUCGAAAUGGUCUGACAUUGACGACGUGGCGAAAGCAUCUGGAAACCGGGAUCUGGACACAAAGGCACUCUUGGAAGCUAAGGAGGAUAUUAUCCUAGAAUACACGUACCCCCGACUUGACGCAGAAGUCAGCAAGAAAUUGAUCCAUUUGCUUAAGUCACCUUUUGUCGUGCACCCGGGCACGGGCCGAGUCUGCGUGCCUAUCGAUGUGAAAAGAGUGGAGCAAUUCAACCCCCUCGAGGUGCCCACGGUGGCGGAAUUGUUGGAUGAAAUUAAUGCAUGGGACACGGAACAUCGACCUGAAGCGACGGAUACAAAAAUGUCAGCCGGUGACGAAGAUGAUGGCGCAGAUGGCGACGACAUGAAGAAGAGGAGACUACAGGAUUACGAAAAGACAAAGCUGAGGCCAUAUAUUGAUUACUUUAGAACCUUUGUUGCGAGUUUGAAUCGGGAUGAGCGGGCGUCAGGGAAAAGGGAGAGGGAGGAGGAUGGCGCUGGAGAACAGGGUAGCAUGGACUUUUAGCCUCAUUGACUUCGUCUUAGGGAUGUUGGGUCGCAGGGAAAAGGCGAAUUUUUAUGGCGUUCAGGGAUGCGUAUCGGUUCUUCCUGAUUGAGUGUCUGUAGUAGACUUCGAGGUUCGGAUGCCUAGCGAAUGCGUCUUAUAUUUCUCUACCCCGUGGCAGGACAUGACGACUUUGGAGAUAUAAUCGGAUCUUGAGCCAAUGUUUCGAACAACAUUGUCAAGCUCUGGAAUGGAGUAAGGAGUAUCAUC